CAUGUAGACUCGCUACAUGCAAGAGAACUAAACAUUAUUGUAUUCCAGUUUCCACUGAUCUGGAUCGUUUAAUCAGGCGCAUAUUGUGCACAUUGUGCAACGAUAUCAAAUCUUGAAAUUCAAUUGAAACCUUCUUCGGUUGGUUGCUUAUUCAUCGUUUGGUGUUAUGUACGAGUCUGUUUGGCACGGUGAAUUGUUCCCAGGCUAUUACUAUUAGAGGGAAGUGAAUGCAUGAAAUUCGAAUUCACAAACAAUUACUUCAGCAGUAGUCCCAUAUACACAAGUUAAUGUAGUUGUUUUGCAACAUAGUUUGGGUGUUUCUGGAUAUUGUAUUCUUGUAUUUUACUGAGGAGUCUAAGUCUAGAGAGGUUUGUGAAUCACUGGAAACACGACCACCAGUUCAGUCGUGUGAGAGAUGAGAUUUCGUGAGUCUGAGAUCAGGUAAGAAGCGGAGUACCAAGAUGGCAAGUUUCAUUGGUCGGGACCGUUUGAUAUGUCACGGGUCUUUGGUUGAAGGAACACAAGUCUCUCUGAAGACCGGUGGGUCUACCUUGAUGUUCAAAUCUAAGAACCUUGGAUACUACGCCCUCAAGUGCCUUCAUGAGACGGUUUACGUCCUGUGCCGUUAUAAGGAUGUCAAGAAGUUCUCCAGUGGUGACCCUUCAAACACCUACACGUUCAAUGGAUCAAUGAAAGUUCAUCGGAUCAUCAUGGCACAGGGAGAUACUAAGUACUGUGAUACCAUCCUCAUUGUCAUCCACGAGGGAAAACCGCUUUAUUUCAAACCACUCAGCCAAAAGUUGAAGAAAUGGCGAGAAGCAUUUAUGUAUGUAGCGAGCAUCACCACACCACCCAAAGAGACACAUACCAUCCAAGCAAGUACAGAACCGGAUGGAGCUUCUACUCCGCACAGAACUUGUCAUGUCUCCCCUUCGCAUACCCGUGAGAAAAGCCGCAAUGCUCCUCAUAGGUCAUCGCCUGAUGCAGACGAUCAGGAAGAACCAGCACCUUCACACCUACUUCCCGAUGUCAUUGAUGUCGAUGAAGAAGCUGAUGCCGCUGAAGAAACUCGUCAACUCGAAAAGAGGAAAACCCGAAAGAGCGUAUAUAAAAAAGGCAGUGGUGGAAACUACGGCGUCAUGGUGGAAAUUAAUAUGGAUGAAAAACCCGAAAUAUGCCAACCUGGAACAUUCGCUCAUCGUCAGCUUUCUAGACAGAAAAGCCGAUCUAAUGAAGAGAUAUUUACACCAAACAUGGAUCAGCUGAGAAUAUCAGGGCCCCCCAUCUUAUCAGCAUCAGCUACGUUAGGUCGAGGGUAUUUGAAACCUUCUACAGUGGGGCCUAGAAUUGACCGUACACGAUCUGCUGCUGGUGCCUUUCAUGUGCAUCCCCCGUCAAGUAAACCGGCCCCUACGUCACCAUCACAUAAACCAAUGUCACCAUCACGCAAACCACUUGUAACCCACAUCUAUGACAGUAUAGAAUCGGAUAGCGAUGAUGAUGAUAAUCGGUCGAGUGAUUGUCAUCAUCUUGUCAGCGAGGAGCCAUUGCGAUCCUUCAACUCGGUGAUUGCUGUUCACAGAGUUCUGAAGGAUGAACAGGUUAAGGAUCGAGUCGUUGUUGAGUUGAAGAAGGACCAUGUAGCUGAAGGACUCGUCUUCGUGCAAAUCAACUCAAGCGUUUACAUUGCAACAUGGAAGAAGUCAAUGUCUCUACAUGGUAGAUUCCAAGAAUCUAUCCACAUAGGUGAUCAACUUCUUCAGGUGAACGAACAACAAGCUUUGGACUUGCCAAUCAUUCGAACUGUCAUCCAGUCAUCAUCUACAGAAACAGUUAAACUCUGUAUGAAACGUUUGCCGAAUGCUGAGGUCAUUCACCUUACUAAGAAGAGAACUCAGCCAUGGGGCUUCGACGUCAUCAAGAAUGAGAUCACGGAAGUGUAUGAAGGAGCGGACCUGUACCAGCACAUCAGAAAAUGCCCCAAGCAGAAAUGGAUCAUCACAGAGCUAGAUCACCAACCCGUCAGCAUUCAAUCAUGUGGCAAAGAUGAGGUAAAACACAGGAUGACGGCUGCUCAAACAGAGCUAGCUCUGGUUUUACAUCCCAAAGAUUUCAUCGAUAAACUCUUGAAAAAGCUGCAGAAAUCUUCUAUCAAGAAGAAGCGAAUGACCGAAUACAUUGUUUGAACACUCUUUGACGUGAUUGAUUUGAAUGUGACAUGGGAAGAAGGUUUCUGCACCUCAAGCAACCUUGCUAGAUUCACUGCUAGAUAAGAGGUGUGUUGCUGAGUUGUCUAAUGGUGUCAUGAAACAACAUACAGCAAGAUCCAAUAAACUGUAUGCUCUUUAA